CAAAUUUUCGGUGCAUUAUAAAUGUUCGGUACUGGGCAGCAGGCACCAUCGACAGCUCAGCCAACGGGUGUUAAUAUUGCCAUUGAAGCCGGUUCCGAAUGGGGGAUUCAGGAAAUUGGUUUUGACGGAGUCGAAAAAUAUAUGCGACCUUUAGACUAUUCUGACCAUGUAGCGAAAUUGGCUCGUAAAGUGGACUGGCGAAAACUAAUCGGUGCCGAAGCUACAUACGAUAAUCCGGACGCGUUGCCACGUGAUGACGGUGAGGAGGUAGAAGAGAAGGAACCGGAAGAAGUGGUCAUUGGAAUGGAAGAUCGUAAAACACCAGAAGCUGGACCAUGGCAUACUGUUGCAAAGUACUUACACGAAGCACUGCAACAAGUAAAUGUUCUGGUAGAUACGAUUUCGGUACUAAAAAUGCCGUAUCUCGAAGCAUUGACGGUUGCGGAUGCAUUUGAAGCGCAACACAACAUGCAAGAUGUGGUACAGCAAUCCAAACAAUUCCAGUGGGUUACACGGCGUAAAGCUCUUGGUGAAGCGAUCAGCGUCCUAGAGCAAGCUCAGAAAUUCCGCUCAAAGCUUCUUACCGAAACUGAUCCUGAUAAAGCGAUGUUUUUUCGUGAGCUGGAAAAAAUGAGAGAAUUAUGGCGAGUAAGGAAAACAGGAAAUGUUACUUAUGGCGAUCUUGGCUAUAAAAUUUUUGGAUCAAAAUACAAUCCGAAAGAACUAUUUGAUAUUACUCGACGUGCGGCAACAUCUGUUAGCGAUGGUGCAAGCCUUUCGACAUUAUCCGAUUCAUGCCUGCAAGUUCAAGUACCGUGUGAUCUGAUUCGCCGCUCUACCAUUGCUGUUUCUAUUGAAAUUGAUAAUGACGAUCCGAAAACUUUGUUUGCAACUGCGGAAAACGAUUUGGAUUAUAUGAAAGUUGACAGGGAGCAGGCAAUGGAAGUACAUUGGUCGAAGGCACUGCAAUGGGCACAAGAAAGUUUGUUAUGUCGAGAUAUCUUCAAACAAUUAUGUAAAGAUGCUGUCAUUCUAAAAGAUCAUAUAACAGUAAUUCGUGAUGGUGUUUUAAUCGCUUCGUUAUUCGAUAAUAUUUUGUUACGAGUAGAGUUGGCAUUUCAUCCAUUUAAAGAUGGUCCUUUACCGACCGCAGGUAAUGACUAUUUGAAUCGCGCUCUUCGUCAAUUAUUUUUAAGUGAUCUGUGCGCGCGGAAUAUACGUCAUCAGACGUUUGUAGCUAUGCCACUGUCGACAUUACCAAACACUCUUGAUUUACGAGGACCGUAUGCUAUGACAGAUGAAGAGAUUGAGUCGCGUUUAAGGCAAAAGCGUACUUUAUUGGAACGACUGCUGUUACUGGCAUCUCAUUUCGUUCUAACGGAUAGGGUUACGACUUCAUUAAAGCGAUAUUUGCUUCGUGUUACGGAUCCUCAGAUUAUGUGGAAAUGGCUUCGUGCUACUCCUGUCCAGUCUUCGAUUAUUGUUACAGCAUCUAAUAGAAAUUACGAUUAUGCCGGAAAGACAACAUUUUAUAUACGAAUUGGUGCAGAGAAUUUUUAUGUCGCAACGAAAGAAGGCCAAAACAUCGAAUGUAGAAGAGAUGACGAAAUGCUUGUUUAUACGAUUGACAUGCUGAUUUGCAAUUAUAUGUUGAAUACGGUAGCGAUGAUUGCUAGUAAACUAUGGCAGUGGCAAGUACUUCAUGCAAACAUCAAUGCGACGGAUGAUCGAGCGGAACCAAGUCCGACUGUUUACAUGUGUAAUCAAAGUGCUACUCGUGCAAUUUUCAUGCAGUUCCAUCUAAAUGAACCGCCAACAAUUCGUAUUCAGAAAUGCUUGCCAAGUAAGCCAGCAGCUGCCGAAAAACCUGGAGAAUUUCUGGUUUUGAACUACGAUCGAUUGGUAGGUUCAUCGCUAUGCCGGAAAAUAGAUAAUUUGUGCUCCAUGUUGAGGAGUUGACUCUGUUUUCAUUGCUAUUAUGGUUUGGUUUGGCAAUGUUAUACUAGAUAUCUAAAUCUAGAUUGGAAAUUCACAUUACCUUGUUGGAGAGAAGCAAUCUGUAAGGAAUUUGAAGGAAAGGACAGUAAAAGUAUUUUGAAUAACAGUUUCACUACAGUCAUUCCUGAGCAGAUAU